AUGUCUCUUGGAAAAGCAUCAGCAGAAAGACUCCUCAACAAAGUUGUGCUCAUUACUGGUGCCACUUCGGGUAUCGGUCAAGCGAUUGCCAAGGAACUUGCAUCAAUCAAUUCCAACAUCAAACUUAUUGUCACAGCAAGAAGAUUGGACAAGCUAAAUGAACUCAAGGACCUUUUGGAGAAACAACACGAAGGUAUAAAGAUCCACGCGGAGAGAUUGGACGUUUCCAAAGUUGAAACAAUUGCUCCUUUUAUCAAAUCUCUUCCUGAGGAAUUUGCCAAUAUUGAUAUUUUGGUAAACAAUGCCGGAUUGGCACUCGGUAGAGAGGAGGUUGGUGAAAUCGAUACUGAGGAUAUAGAAACAAUGUUUCAGACCAACGUUUUGGGAUUGAUAACAAUGACGCAGGCUGUAUUGCCCAUUAUGAAAAAGAGAAAUACCGGUACAAUCUUAGGAAUAGGUUCCAUUGCCUCGAGAGACGGAUACCCAGGAGGUUCGGUGUACUGUGCUACAAAAGCCAGUGUGAGAGCUUUUUUCCAAUCGUUGCAAAAAGAAACCAUUUCGACAAAGAUUCGUGCGUCUCUUUUAGAACCAGGAAUGGUGCGUACAAACUUCAGUAUGACUAGAUUCAAGAAUGAUGCAGAAAAGGAGGAAGCAACUUAUAAAGGAGGUGAACCAUUGACAGCUGAGGAUAUUGCUGAGAUUGCAGCAUUCAUCGUCACAAGAAGAGAAAACACCGUCAUUGCCGAAACUUUGGUAUUCCCCACCAACCAAGCUAGUUCUGCUCAUAUUUACAGAGCUCCAGAGUAA